AUGAUCCACUCUUUUGUCUUUUGCUACAUUCAUCCCUCCACACAUCCAUCUCAGGAGGAGGAUGCUUUGUUGCGUCAGCUGGUGGAGAGGGGCGGAGCCAAGGGGUGGACGGCCAUAGCAGCGCAUUUGAAUGGGCGCGCGGGGAAGCAGUGCCGGGAGCGGUGGCACAACCAUCUCAAGAGGGGCAUCAAGAAGGAGGCGUGGACGGAAGAGGAGGAGCGAGCUUUUGUAGAGGCUCACAAGCGGCUGGGCAACAGAUGGGCUGAGAUCGCAAGACUGUUACCGGGGAGAACAGACAACAGCGUCAAGAACCACUGGAACUCCACAGCCCGGAGGAAGGAGGAAAUGGGGCGAGGCGGGGCAGAGGGCAAAGGGAACGGUAGGCCUGGCAGUGCUGGGAGUGCUGGUAGUGCUGGUAGUGUUGGGAGUGUGGGGAGGGGAGCGUAUAGUGGUCGAUCGAACGUGCUCCUGCGGUAUAUCCAGUCGCUGAAGCAGGGGGGCCGGAAUGAGAGCGGAGGGGGGGAGAGCAGAGGAGGGGAAAGCGGAGGGGGGGAGAGCAGAAGGGGGGAGAGCAGAGAGAGGGAGAGAGGGAGCAGAGGAGGGGAGCAGCAGAGCAGAGGGGGAAGGAGCGAGAGCAGAAGGGGGGAGAGGGAGAGGAGUAAUGGGGAAGAGGGCGAUGGGGAAAUCAGAAGUGCUGGUAAAGGAAGGAGGGAGGGGAGAGAGGAGGGGAGAAGGAGGGAAGGAGGAGAGAGUGUGGGGGAAUGGAGUGAGAGGGGGAGAGUGAGAACAAUGGACGAGGGAGUGGCCCAGCAUUCAACAAUACACCAAUCCACUAACUAUAAUCAUUCCCCCGCACCACACUCACCUCCUCCUGCUCUCUCUCUCUCCCUCGCCCACACUGCCCCUAGCCCCUCUCAACCUCACCAGCCGUCUCCCCCGUUUCCCCCACCGUCUAAUUCUCACCCCCCCUCAUCCUCGUUCUCACUCUCCCCCUUUGUGUCGCCUCAAAAGUCAACUUUCCCUCCACCGUCUAACCCUGACCUCCCCCCAUCGUCUUCAUUCUCACUUUCCCAGUUAAUUCGAAAGUCACCCCCGCUUCCCUCACCGUCUAACUCUCACCUCCCCUUAUCUCAUUCACUCUCACUCUCCUCUUUUAAGCCGUCUCAAACGUCACCCCCGCUUCCCCCACCGUCUACCUCUCACCUCCCCUUAUCUCAUUCACUCUCACUCUCCUCCUUUGAGCAGACUCAAAAGUCAAACCCUCUUCAGCCAUCCGCCUCUCACCUCCCCCUGUCCACUCUCUCACUCUCCCUUUUCGAACCCGCACAUACUCCAGCUUUCUCUCCCGCUUUAAAGGGAGAGCAGGUGUACAUAACACCGAAACAGGAGCCUACGCAAGAGGCAUAUCUUGAGAAUCCCCAAACUGCGGCAACGCAAACGCCAUGCUUUGAAGUCUCGCGGAAGACACCUUGUCCUGUGGAGGCACAGGUUGCAGCACGAGCAUCGCAGGAGGGAACACAAGAUGCAUGUUACCAUAAUCCUCAGCAACCUGAGCUGUUGCAGCAGCAACAAAAUCCCCAAAGCACGCCUGCAGCAACAACUCGAGAGGCGGGGCCUGCAAUAACCCGGGAGGCACCUUUUGAGAAUCCUCAGAAUCCUGAGAAUUCCCAGAAUUCUCCUAAUUCUCAGACUGUGCCUGCAACAGGCCGGGAGGAAGCACACAAAGCGCACAACCGGUCUCUGUUAGCUUCACGGCUGAUGCGAUCCCUUGGAGCAAAGCGGGCGAGGAGGCAGAGUGAAGGAGGGGUGGAGCAGAGGCAGCAGCAGCAGCCGCAGCAGCCGCAGCAGCAACAGCAGCAGCACAGGACAAUAGAAGCAUAUUCCAACAGCAACUCUUCUCAGGGCAUUCCAACUAAUCCCCCUGACAGCCAUUUCACUGAUUCUCCUCGAAACAUUUUAGCUGACCAGCAACCUGCCCCAAAAAGACGGUGCCUGCUGCAGCGGAGUGUGGCGGGGCCGCUGCCCGGUGCUCCUGUAGCUGCUGUAGGGGGCACGUUCCUGCUGGUCGGCGAACUGAGACUCACUCUUUCGAGGCACCGUUGGUGGUUGGAAGAGGGAGUGGGUUGGGGAGAGUGGAAGAAGGGAGGGGAUGAGGGGGAGAGAGUGGUAGGGAGGGAGGAGAGCGAGGAAGAGUGGAGUAGGGAGGGACGCCAGCAGCAGCAGCAGCAGCAGCAGCAGCAGCAGCAGCAGCAGCGCACUCGUGACAUCCCCUCCCCUCAGCAGCUCCGUGAGUGGUACACUGCACGCCAGAGGGGUGGGGGUACUGGUCCGUGCACCUACGUCCUACGCACCGGCGACCGCGCGGGUGAGCAGUGCGGGGGUGCGCACUCCACCCAGCGCUGCUUUGGCCGCCUGACGGACGCUUGGCGUCACCAGUUCCCUGAGGCCACUGAGAUCCCCCGCUGGGGUGAGCUGUCUAGGGCGGGUGUAGCUGUCUUUGACCUUGACUUUGAUGCUAUUCUUGCUGCCAUGUAUACUGUGACUAUUAGUGAUGAGGGUGACUGUUACCGGUGUUUUCCGCCCGACCCGGGCAUUGAGACUGCUGCUCUAGGUACUGGUGAGGCUGCUGCUCUAGGUGCUAGCGAGGCUGCUGCUCUAGGUGCGUCUGCUCCCUCAGGUGCUGGUGAGUCUGCUCUCUCAGGUUCUGCGUCGGCUUCGGCCUCCCACACCUUCACCCUUGACUCGGGGGCUUCUCGCUCCUUCUUCCGAGACCGCACCACACUCACGCCGCUUGACCGGCCAGUUGCAGUCUCUCUGGCAGACCCCUCUGGGGGUCCUGUCCUUGCUCACUUCUCCACUGUCCUCCCGUGUCCGGCGGCCCCCUCUGGCACCCUGUCUGGUCUUUACCUCCCCUCGUUCUCUACGAACUUGGUGAGUGGUGCUGACCUACAGGAUGCGGGGGUUCACCAGUUCACUCCUGCGAGUCAGCGGGUGACCCACUGCACGGACGCUCGGACAGGCCGACACCUGGCCACGUUUACUCGUCGGCCGGGGUCGAGCCUGUACACACUGACCACUGCGUCUCCUCCAGUCACUCCGUCUGGUCAGGUAGCUGCGUCGGGUCAGGUGUUUGCUGCAGCGUCCAGGUCUGGUCCUGAGUCUGCCCCCUGUUCGUGUCGCCUCCUGUCUCACGAGACUCUCCUCUGGCACCACCGCCUUGGUCACCCCUCCCUGCUUUGUCUCCGAGGCAUGGCCUCCCGUGUCCUUGUCUCUGGUCUUCCCCGGUCCCUCCCUCCCCUUCCUCCGGGGCCUGGCCCUUCCUGCGUCCCCUGUGUCGAGGGGCGACAGCGGGCUGCCCCUCACUCCUCCCAGUUUCCUCCGACAGAGGCCCCGCUGCAGACGCUUCACAUGGACGUGUGGGGCCCGGCCCGCGUCCGUGGACAGGGUCACGAGCGCUACUUCCUGCUGGUGGUUGACGACUACUCGCGUUACACCACAGUCUUCCCCUUGCGCAGCAAGGGUGAUGUCACUGAGGUGUUGAUCGACUGGAUCCGCGCAGCUCGUCUCCAGCUCAGGCAGAGCUUCGGCUCGGACUUUCCUGUUCAGCGUCUGCACUCUGACAGAGGUGGAGAGUUCUCCUCUGGCCUUCUGCGAGCCUACUGUCGUGCACGAGGUAUCCGCCAGACCUUCACGCUUCCGGACUCUCCACAGCAAAAUGGGAUUGCUGAGCGCCGCAUUGGCAUGGUCAUGGACGUCGCCCGUACGUCCAUGAUGCAUUCGGCUGCCCCCCAUUUUCUGUGGCCGUUUGCUGUUCGGUACGCGGCGCAUCAGAUCAACCUUCACCCCAGGGUCUCCAUGCCGGAGACCUCCCCAGCUUUGCUGUGGACGGGGAAGGUUGGCGAUGCGUCUGCGUUCCGUGUCUGGGGAUCUCGGGCGUUUGUCCGCGACUUGUCUGCGGACAAGCUGUCCCCUCGUGCUGCUCCUUGCGUCUUCCUUGGCUUCCCCCCUGACGCGCCAGGGUGGCAGUUCUACCACCCCACCUCUCGCCGUGUUCUGUCCACCCAGGACGUCACGUUUGACGAGUCGGUCCCCUACUACCGCCUCUUCCCCUACCGCACUCCGUCCCUCCCCCCGCCACCGCUCUUCCUUGUGCCAGGUCCCCCCCCGGUAGACCCCCUCCCCCCUCAGGGUCCUGCCCCUUCAGGUGUGUCCCAGGUAGACGCAGUCGAGCCUGUCGAGGUUACUGGUGACUCUGGUGCUGCUGAGGGUGCUGAGCCUGGGGGUGCUGAGCGUGUGGGUGCUACGCCUGGGGGUGCUGAGCCUGAGGGUGCUACUACUGGGGGUGCUGAGCCUGGGGGUGCUGAGCCUGGGGGUGCUGAGCCUGGGGGUGCUACGCCUGGGGGUGCUGAGGCUGGGGGUGCUACGCCUGGAGGUGCUGAGCCUGGGGGUACGGAGCCUGCGGGAGCUGGGCCUGCUCGUGUGGCGUCUCGGCGGGAGCCACUCUCUCCACAGGAGCUGCGCGAGUGGUUUGCCCGGCGCUGGAGGCGUGGUGCUGGAGCUGGAGGUUCUUCGGCUGCUGAGGGUGCUGGUGCCGCGGGUCCCGGAGGUGCUCGUACUGGGAGUACUGGAGCUGCUGGGCCUGCGGGUACGACUGGAGCUGGAGCUGCUGAGGGCGGUGGCGCUGAGGCUACUGCUGUCGGUCCUGGAGGCGGUCCUACUGGGGGUGCUACUGGUGCUGCUGGAGGUACUGGAGCUGGAGGUGCUGCUGGCGCUGGUGCUGCCGCUGGGGGUGCUGGUGCUGUCCCUGCUGUGUCUGGAGUCGCCGCGCGGCCUCGGCCGUACUUCGUUCCGCUCCUUCAGCAGGUUCUUGGUCUCCCGCCUUCUACUGGUCCUCCUCCUCCCUUAGAGUGUCCACAGCCUGUCCCGACUCAGUUACAGUUACAGCCGGCCUCCUCACUGCCCGCUCCUUCUCCCUACACUGGUCCUACUGGAGGUCUUGCUGAGCGUCGUGAGCCUGCGUCUCGCCCUGCGUCGCCUGUCCGUGCUGCUCGCACUAGUGGUCGUGGUUCGCGUCAGCGUCCUCCUCCUGUCCCUGGCACGCACCGGAUGUCUCUGCGUCCGUCCACUGCUCCUCUGCGUGCCCCUUUGCCUUCUCCUCCUGAGUCCUCUCUUCCUGCUCUUCCUGACCCGGAGUCGGACUCUCUUCGUGCUGCCAGUCCUACUGUCGCGCGUCUCCUUGCUACUGUUGUCACUGACCCUUCCUUUGAGUCCACUGCUGCGUCUGCCCUAGUUACUGAGCUCGUCGACUUUGCUGCUCGCUGUCGUCUCGACUACGCUGCUAGUCUUGUUGCUGAGUCUGAGUCUGUCUGUCCUCCGUCCGUCGGGGGUGAGUGUGCCCUUGGCACGGACGUCCUUGAGGACAGGCAGGAGGAGUUCCAGUGCUUGGCUGCUGCUUCACCUCAUCUCGUGUCCGUACUGCUUACCCCUGAGGGAGACCCGAAUGCACUUGACAUCCCGACUCCGCGCUCUUACGCGGAGGCGAUAGAGGGUACCUACUCCUCUCAGUGGCAGGCAGCUAUGGACGCAGAGAUGGCUUCCUGGAAGUCCACAGGCACCUACGUUGACGAGGUUCCCCCGCCUGGGGCGAACAUCGUCAGUGGCAUGUGGAUUUUCAGGGUGAAGCGGCCGCCGGGUUCUCCGCCUGUCUUCAAGGCGCGUUACGUGGCUCGUGGCUUCAGUCAGCGGCAGGGAGUUGACUACUUUCAGACCUUCUCUCCCACCCCGAAGAUGACCACUCUUCGGGUACUGCUGCACAUAGCUGCUCACCGCGACUACGAGCUGCACUCUCUUGACUUCAGCACUGCUUUCUUGCAGGGCAACCUGCACGAGGAGAUCUGGCUGCGUCGCCCACCUGGCUUCACUGGGUCUUUUCCUCCUGGCACCCAGUGGAGCCUCCGGCGGCCAGUCUACGGUCUCCGCCAGGCACCGCGUGAGUGGCACGACACACUGAGGACUACACUUGCGGCUCUUGGGUUUGCUCCCUCUACUGCCGACCCGUCGCUGUUUCUACGCACCGACACCUCUUUGCCGCCGUUCUACAUCCUCGUGUACGUCGAUGACUUGGUCUUUGCCACAGCUGACACUGCUGGACUCGCCCACGUGAAGUCCGAGCUGCAGAAGAGACACACGUGCACAGAUCUGGGUGAACUGCGCAGCUACCUUGGCUUGCAGAUCACCCGGGACAGAGCACGCCGCACCAUUACCCUGACUCAGUCACACAUGGUGCAGCAGGUCCUUCAGCGCUUCGGCUUCACGUACUCCUCGCCUCAGGCCACUCCUCUGCCUACUCGCCACUCGCUCUCAGCUCUGCCUUCGGAUGAGUCCAUAGAGUCGAGUGGCCCGUACCCAGAGCUUGUUGGCUGCCUCAUGUACCUGAUGACCUGCACACGACCUGACCUUGCAUACCCUCUUAGCAUUCUCGCACGCUAUGUUGCUCCUGGGAGACACAGACCGGAGCACAUGGCUGCAGCGAAGAGGGUGUUGCGCUACUUGUGCAGAGCUUCGCUGGCUCACCUACCUGCUGACUGA